CGCUGGAGAGUCGCAGAAGGUCCGCGCUUCAUCCUCCGCAGCAGAGUAGGCGUGUACACAGCAGGACUGGCGACCAUGGCAGGCAACAAGAAAGCCCAGGAGGCGGCAGCCGAGGACCUGGGGGCGCUGCUGGACGCGGAGGACGGCGCGCUGGUGACGCUGGUGGCGGGGCGGACGCGGCUGGUGGUGCACCGGGCCGUCCUCGCAGCCAGGAGCCCCGUCUUCGAAGCCAUGUUCCGCCACGACACGCUGGAGGCCAGCAGCGGCGUGGUGAGCAUCGCGGACGUGGAGGGCCCGGCGCUGAGGCAGCUGGUGGCCUACGUGUACACGCUGCGGGCCCCCAGCGCGCCCGGCACGGCUGCGCAGCUGCUAGCGGCCGGCCGACAAGUACGGCCUGCUGGAGCUGAAGGCGCACUGCGAGCGGCAGCUGGCCGCCGAGCUGGCCGUGGAGAGCGCGGCGGCCACGGCGGUGCUCGCCGUCAGGCACUGCUGCCCCAGGCUCACCGAAGUGGCCGUCGCCUUUGUCGAGGCCAACUCCCAGGUCUUGGCACGCAGGGGUGGGCUGACGCGGUGCGCAGCCACCCUAAAGAUGUUGUCGAAGUGAGUCGGCUGAUUGCUGUGACUUCAGCGAGAUCCAGUGCCAAUAAUAGGAGGAGGCACAACCCGGACCCGCAGCCAAACAGCGACCACGGCGGAACUCCUGACGCAGCUGCACUGCCCGUGACUUCCCGUAACACUCCUCCGUCUAAUGACGCCACCAUCUCUCGCAUGUGGAGUCUUUCUGGAGAGGAGAAAGCCAGGAGGCUGAAGCAGGCAGCUAAGUCAGGAUCGGUGCAGGAGCUGCGAGCGUUGCUGUCUGUGGGUGCAGAUGUGGAUGCGGGGGACAGAUGUGGGUGGACCGCCCUGUACUGUGCGGCACUGGAGGGACACGUGGAGGCUGUGAGGAGCCUAUUGGAAGGUGGUGCAGACGUGGUUGCCAGAGACAAGUGGCAGAGCACGCCUCUGCACUGUGCCGCCUGCUGGGGCCACGCGACUGUGGUGUGGCUUCUUCUGGCAGCCUCGGCUGACCCUAAUGCGAGGGAUCAGUGGCGGCAAACUCCGCUGCACUGGGCAGCGAUGAAUGGCCACGCAGAGACAGUAGCCGAGCUGCUCGAGGCGGGAGCCGACAAGGAGGCUAGGGAUGAGGAGGGGAACACCCCCGUGGACCUUGCCAGGCUGUUCGACAAGCAGCAGGUCGUCGAGAUGCUGAAGUAAUGUUAACAUAAUGUUAGUAAAACAAAUACAAUUUGGUACAGGACUUUUUAUAAUUUUUAAAGUAAAGAGUAUAAACAAUUA